CUGGCCAGGACUGUCAGAAUUCGGGUUUUCAGAUUCACUUCAUCUUCAGUCAAUCACUUUCACCUUCAUCAGGGUCGCUCUCGUGAACGUUCGCAGAGUGCACUGCGACGCUCUUCAGCUGGAUAAACAACUGCCAGUUUUCUUGCGCAUGGGGCGCAUGCGGUGCAAGGGCAGUUCUCUUGUGUGACCGCCCACUUGAUUCAUCCCACGACCCGGCCCUCCCCAACCUCCCAAUUUCUCCAGACCAUCUCCCAACCUCAGCUUUCUUCACCACUAAUAGACAGCAUACAAGCAACGUCCAGACCAAUAGCAAUUGUGUCGACCUGCCACUCCCAACACGCUAUCGCACCCCCAUCUCUAGCGCUCUCAGCCAUUUAACCCAACCUCUCGCUCACCAACACCACCCGUCUCUCCUCUUCUAGAAAUGUUCUUCAAACGACGCUCUCGAGCUAAUAGCUACAUUGAUAACGACGCUCCACCUCGCUCACAGUCCUACGACGAUCACGACGCAAGGCCUGGCUCCUCUCGCAAUCAACCACCGGUCGCUUCACCUACCGAGGAGAAGGAGAUGUACGCCCGCCAGUCAGCUCCGCAGGAAGGCUAUGCCAGUGCCAUGCAGAAUACGGGACACAAUGCGAUGCCCUCGGUGGCUCAUUCUGCUCCACCAUCGACGACUGUGAAGACGGAGCCGAUGCCCGACCUGCUCGCCCAAGCGUUUAAUCAGGCGGUGCGACCGUAUACUGAAAAGAUCGAGCAGCUCCAGAACCAGCUUGCUGACCUCCAGGCUUGGGUGGAGCAGCUAGAGCAGCAGCGAGCUGAAGUUCACAGCUGGAUAGAUAAGCGUGGUCUUCGACCUGAUGUUCCGCCCUCUAUCGCCAAAAUAAUGGACUCCACCACGUCAGACGCCGCUAUCACGCUUAAUGCCCAGCUCGACCGGAAAAUCACAAUAGUGAACUUCGACCUCCACCGGCUUCAAGAUGAUCUCAACGACUCCAUCUCUGCUGACCAUUUCGCUUCUGCGAUGCUCAAGUUUCUCCCGGAUAUCCAACGCUUGUCCCAGCUUCCAGGGGGUCCUCGACAUGCUUUCGACCUGGUCCUCAAGCUUGGCGGCAACCUGAACUCGCAUGGAGGCCUGGACAGCGGGGAUCCGACCGACAUCGCCGCUCGCAGGGACUUCUACGGCAGGCUUGAUACCGCUAUGGUCGAUGUUGUUCAGCGUCGAUUUGGUGAGGGUGAGGAUUGGAAUGUACAAAGGGAAAUCAAGCGGAUCGAGAAGACGGCCAGCUAUCUUAAGACUUUUGGGGUAGAGCCAUACUUCCCCGCUACCCUGGAUCUCAUGAGGAGAGAGCUCGAAUUCCAAGGCCGAGCGCCACCACCUUUGGCUAAUGGCCAGUCGAGCCCGCCGCGAUACCACUGAUCUUUCCUUGCAGCCAACGAACUGCGUAUCGGACAAUACGCCUCUCUUCUUCAAGAGUUUGCAUAGCCUUGGCCUAUGCUUGGGACGUAGUGUUCUUUCCGUCAUAGUGGAUGCUUCUGCUCUCUCAUCAUCCUGAUAUCCCGAACCUCUUCCUUGAAUGGUGCCGGGUUUCUUGUUCUUCAACGUCACCGUUGCAGUAAUUUUAGCAGCGUAGCGGGAAUGACUGUAAUUGAUACUGACACGACACGAAUCUCCUUGUAAACAUGGGCGAGAGGAUGGGACCUGGCCGAACUGUCUACGGUGCUGGGGAACUGCGCCGGGGAACUGCGCCAUUGAUUGUGCAUAAAGGUACCUUCAAGCAGACAGUGAUACGUAUAUUGAAUGGGACAACUACUGUAUAAUCUCAGUAAA